UCGGCAAACAGAGGGGACGCUGUCUCUGUUAUGGAGUGACAUCAGCACUGCUUUUCUCCGCACACAAUCUUUUCCUAUGAAUUUCCCCUCGUAGAGCGGCGCGCGCGUCUCCACACACUUCCGUCUCAAGGAGUUCAACAACCGAAAGCCUCAUGAACAGCACGAGCAGCUGCGGCUUCCUGAACAUGGCGACGAUAGGAGAUUUUGACCCGCUCAGCGCCACUAUUCCAGCAACAAAAGUUGAGAUCACAGUUUCUUGCAGAAACCUGCUCGACAUGGACACAUUCUCUAAAUCAGAUCCAAUAUGUGUGCUGUACACUCAAGGCAUUGGCACCAAAGAGUGGCGAGAGUUCGGGCGAACGGAGGUCAUCGAUAACACCUUGAACCCAGACUUCGUCCGCAAGUUUAUACUGGACUACUUUUUUGAGGAAAGACAGAACUUAAGAUUUGAUCUGUACGAUGUUGACUCCAAGAGCACCAACCUGUCGAAACACGAUUUCUUAGGCCAAGCCUGCUGUACAUUGGGAGAGAUGGUGGGUUCAUUGGGCAGUCGUAUGGAGAAGCCUCUUGGGGGGAUUCCUGGGAAGAAAUGUGGGACGAUUAUUGUGAAGGCAGAGGAGCUUAGCAACUGCAGGGAGUCUGUUAUGAUGCAAUUUUGUGGCAACAAACUGGACAAAAAGGACUUCUUUGGAAAAUCUGACCCCUUCCUAGUGUUUUACCGCAGUAAUGAGGAUGGAACAUUCACAAUUUGCCAUAAAACAGAGGUGGUGAAGAACACACUGAACCCUGUGUGGCAGGCCUUCAAGAUACCUGUCAGAGCCUUAUGCAAUGGUGAUUAUGACAGAACGAUCAAGGUUGAAGUAUAUGACUGGGACCGAGAUGGCAGUCAUGACUUCAUUGGAGAAUUCAGCACAAGUUACAGAGAGCUAUCAAGAGGCCAGUCACAAUUCAACGUGUAUGAGGUCAUAAACCCCAAGAAGAAAGGCAAGAAGAAAAAAUACCUCAACUCUGGAACAGUUACGCUCCUGUCAUUUCUUGUUGACACUGAAGUUACCUUCCUAGACUAUAUCAAGGGCGGGACUCAGAUUAAUUUCACAGUGGCGAUUGAUUUCACAGCUUCUAAUGGCAACCCAGCCCAGCCCACCUCUCUUCAUUACAUGAGUCCAUAUCAGCUCAACGCCUACGCCAUGGCGCUCAAAGCUGUGGGGGAGAUCAUACAGGACUAUGACAGCGACAAGAUGUUCCCUGCACUGGGCUUCGGAGCUAAACUGCCUCCUGAUGGGAGAGUAUCACAUGAGUUUGCCCUGAAUGGAAACCCACAGAACCCAUAUUGCAAUGGCAUUGAUGGAGUAAUGGAGGCGUAUUACCAGAGUCUCAAAUCUGUCCAGCUCUACGGUCCCACCAACUUCUCACCUGUCAUCAACCAUGUUGCCAGAUACGCUGCGUCAGUAAAGGACGGAUCACAGUAUUUCAUCUUGCUCAUCAUCACAGAUGGAGUGAUAUCAGAUAUGGCCCAGACAAAGGAAUCCAUUGUUAAUGCUGCAUGUCUUCCCAUGUCAAUUAUUAUUGUUGGAGUCGGACCAGCUGAGUUUGAUGCCAUGGUCGAGUUGGAUGGAGAUGAAGUAAGGAUCUCUUCAAGAGGAAGAUAUGCUGAAAGAGACAUUGUGCAGUUUGUUCCAUUUAGAGACUACAUAGACCGCACUGGAAACCACAUACUCAGCAUGGCCCGCCUGGCCAAAGACGUUCUGGCUGAGAUCCCAGACCAGUUUCUCUCUUACAUGAGGACCAGAGGCAUCAAGCCAUCCCCCGCUCCCCCUCCGUACACACCCCCAGGACACCCACUGCAAACUCAGAUCUGAACGGGGCCCAGGAGCGAGCCUUGCUGCAUCUCAGUAUCUCUUUCUCAAUCACUCAGUGAUCUGAAGGUUCCCUCAGCUCUAUCUGUUCCUUUCUCUUUGCACUAUGAUGGCUAAAGAUGGACAUCGUGGUUAGACAGGGUUCUGAGGACAGGUUUACCUCUGUUAUAGGCGUUCUGUCUCACAAUGUCUUACUCCUUCUCUCUGUGUCUCUCAACGCCUGGCUAGCUCAUCUCUGAGGGCCAUGGUCGAAUGAAUUUUUUGGUUCUAGCUCACUUAGGAAAUGAAAGCUAAAGGUGAAUAAAGUGAAGGAACGACUAACAAAUUGAGCUGACAGUGUCGCGCCCUGUCUCACAACAGCUGAACAGCUUCCUCUUCCUCCGACUGGAAAGAUUAAUCAAUCGCCAGUUGCAAACUGACUGUUGUAAAUAACUUUUGAAGUAGGUUUCUUCCGUCAUUUCGUAUCUCUUCCUAGCUCUGUUCUCUGAACUCUCACUCAGUGUUUACAUGUCAAUGAUUUUCUUACCGUUGAAUCGAACUUUUAUAAGCGUAACUUCUCAACAUGAACUUUCGCCGUAGGAAUCCUUGCUGCGUGUUAUCUUUGCCAUGCCUGUCAGGUCGCAGGGGCUGUUGUCGUCGCAGAAAAAAACAUUUCUUGCAUGGAAAUGGUGUGCUCAGGCAUGAGGUGCAUGUUUUGAAAUGUUCACUUUAUUUGGCCUUUUCUUUCUUUCAUGAUUUCGUUAUGAACCAUUUCAUUUUACAUUCGAUUCCUCCUAUAUAAUCUUUCGUUUUAAUUAUUUUUGCCCUGAAACAAGUGCAAUAUAUGGGCAACUCAUUCUGUAAAGUGAACCUCAUAAGAUACAUCGUACUUUUUUGCAGUUAAACCUGAGCAGCUGCUCUAAUAUAAGAGCCCAGUGGUCAAAAACACAGAUGCCAUUAUUUCCUGUCUUAAAACAUUGUAUCGAUGUUGUGUCAUUUUCUCUUGGUUUGACGAUGUUUUGUUUUUCCAGUAUCAUAUUUAAUCAUAACCUUGUAGAGUUGCCCAAAGAUAGUGACGAAAAAGCACAAAGCUAGUUACGAAAUCCUCAUUCUAGGAUCUCAUUGUGAAUAUUUUCAGAUUUCUCCUUCAGUGUUGAAACCAGAUGUGCUGAAUUGUUCAUUUAUUUACAAACGUUUUGUAAAGAUAUUUUUGAUAUUUUAUUAUUUUAGAAAUGUGCUGCUAUUAUCAGGAAACCCAAACCAAUUUUGGGCAUAAAGUCUUCAAAACAUACUUUUUUCCCCCUCUAUUUACUCAUCUCAUUUGUAUUUGUGGGUAUUUGUGACAAAGGUGUGGUUCCACCACAUGUACACUAGUGUUCAAAAAUGUAGGGCUUAGAUGCAGCUUAGAAAGCAGCUUAGAUGUCAGCUUUAAUAUAAUAAACCUGAUAAAUAAAUUUGGACUGUCCUCCAACAAUAACAACCUCAAAGUUUGUUUGUGCAAGCAGCUUAUUACGACAUACAGUAGCGUUGUAGGGAUAAGCGCCCUCUAGCGGCCAGCAGCUUAUUACAGUCUGUGGUAACGUUGCAAGGUUGGUUGCCAUACACUAUGUGUCAGAUUUCAUAAUGUUAUGGUUUUAAAGAUAUUUUGGAGCAUCUAACACCAUUCCUACCCUAAACUCAACCACUUUACGCCAGGAAAGUACAAUACAGUCACAGGUUUUAUUGCAUAAAUUGAGCAAUAAACAACAGUAUAAAAUAUUACAACUCGCGUUGCAAACCGUGCGAACUGAAGCCAUAAGGUCACUUUAUAUGAACAUUAACCGGAACAUUAGACGUACGAGACACAAUGCUAUUUCACAAAGAUGAUGUAUCGCUUCUUCUGGCAGCAGUUUUUGAACGAGUGUCUGUCCGGAUCUGAGAUUUACAUCAGAUAAUGAUCGCUUUUGUGUCUUUUCCUUGAGUUUGUUUUGACAUUGGUAUACUUGGAAUAUUUGUACUUUUAAAAAAGUGACUGUUUUGUAUGCUGUUUUAUAUUAUAUCAUGGGCGUCAGAAGCAUAAAAAUGUGGGUGGGUCCAAAACAUUUUCUGGAGUAGAUGCCAUUUUCUUGUAUUCUUGUGCCUUUUAAUUAAACAAUUGCCUAAAACAGUGGUCUCCAACAAGGAGACCACUUGGAAUAUUAGCUUGGCUUAUUUUAUGUAUGGUAACAUUUUAAACAAUGAUAAAAACAUAUCAACAAGUAAAACCAAAUUAAAAUAAGUAAAACAAUAAAAGUUUUGAGUAGACUAUAUCAAAAAAGUAGCCCUCCAUUUCUAUUGUGGUAGCCCUUGCUCUUAAAAAGGUUGGAGACCCCUGGCCUAAAGCCCAGAAUACACUGCAGGAUUUUUGUCUCCUGUACGAUUAUGUCACGGAAGCUUCGGCAGAUGCGUCACACAUUAGCGCAACGUCACCAGCAUGCGCCCGUGGUAAACAAAUACCAGUACGGAGGUCGUAGCAGCAAACACACUGUGCGGUAAUCGUGCUGAAUUUCUGACACUGUCAGAAAACUAUCGUAGGCUAUCUUUGGACGCAAGACCGGGAAAACGGCCGUCUUUGAACCUCUCUCACUGUACGACAUAGGACCACCGAUGAAGAGCCACGAUCGCAGAAAUUGCGAUGUGCCAAAUUAGCAAAAAAUUGAGUGAGUCCAAUUUCAUUGGUCUUAAGAAGGGGUGGGUUUUGUCCCACGCACAUAUAACUGUUCUGACGCCCAUGUAUUAUAUAAUGGGUAAUAUAAAUAUAAAUAAUCAUAUCUCAAUACAUGUCAUUAUAGAAAAAUUAUACCUCAAUAUAUUUCAUAGAUGUUUCAUCUGCUGCCAUUAGAGGCGCUAAUUUCUCGCAUCUUUUGGUCGUAUUUAGGGAGUUGACAAACAACCGCAGUGUUUCUCAACCCGGGUCCUCAAGGACCCCCUUCCAGAAAGUUUUAGAUGUCUCUUUAUUUAAAACACCUGAACCAACUGAUCAGCCUCCUUCCAGAAUGUCUCCCUAUCAAGCUAAUAAUUUAAAUCAGGUGUGUUUAUUAAGGAGACAUCUAAAACAUUCUGGAAGGGGGUCCUUGAGGACCAAGGUUGAGAAACACUGGGUUAGAGGACAGGUUGUUUUUAUAGUGUCUACCAAAACAUAUAGAAAUGCAUGUUUAACAAUGUAAAAUACAUGAAUACAUAUGAAUACUAAUGAGAUCUCCCUGUCUUACUACAUAGCCAAGAACAAAACUGGAAAAUUGGAAACACUGGUUUCAGAUGUCUUUGUGAUCUAUAAGAAAGAAAAUCAUAAUGACUCUUGAGCCACUAUGAUUCACUUUAUCGAGCAGAAGUUGUUUUUAUAUUAUACAACAUUAUUGUGUGAGUGUCUACAUUUUUUUUGUCUUAAUAAUACUUUAUUGUUAUCGCAUUAUCACCUUCUGUCUUUAUCAUCCUAUUUUUAUACAAUUAUGCCAACAGUUAACUUUUGUGCUAAAACAUCCUUAAACAGCAAAUGUGAAUCUUCUAGUAUGUAGCAGCUAAAACUGAUUUUCCUACAGAGCACUAUUGUGGUGAAAUAUUUUGGGUGACAGCCUCAUGUUGAAGAAUAGCAUUCCCUUAGUCUGCCGGUUGGGAUCGAUCUUCUAUAUGUUUCAUAAAUAUCAUGAAAUAUAAACAUAUACAGUGGCCUUAAACAUUGACACAAAAAUAUUUAAAACGUUCUAGUUGACAAACGCUGGACCAUGACAAGAUAUUGCAAAAAUGGCUUCGAAAAGCUUGCACAUCUUUUUGCAACAAAUAACAGUUGAUAUUUGCUGCAAUUUCAUUCCUUCAUACUUAAACAUUAGGGGUGUGACGAGAUCUCGUAAGAUUACAUGUGUCUCGCGAGAUUUCUUGUGGAGGUGCUGGCCGUUUCUCAAAUAAAAGACUGCAUCCUUCGGAGGUCGCAUUUUUAAACUGCAUUUACUUCAUCACUGUCUUAUUAUAGACUAUAAACAUGGUUCAAGUAUUAAAAAACCCUAUGUGGCCACUGUAUAUUUGUAAAGUGUUAUUAGUGUGAAAACAAAUCAUCUCACGACAAUAACCCGUAUUUUAACAAAUUAGUUAUGCUAUAUUCAUUUUUUCCAUAUUAUGUUAUUGUUGAGAAAAUAUAAUUUGCAUAUAGUUUGAAUAUACUUUUUUAUUUGAUCUAUUAUAUUUUUUAAAUAGGCAUGUUGAUGUCAUUAAAGAAACUCUAUUCUGGUCUUAUCUUAGAAAUAAUGUAAGCUUAAAGGUGCAGUGUGUAAAUUUUAGCGGCAUCUAGUGGUAAGGUUUCAAAUUGCAACCACCAGCUCAGUCCACGUCCCAACCCUCGCUUCUGAAAUGCAUAAAGAAGCUACGAUAGCCACCACUGGACAAAAAUGUCAUCGUCGGAGACAACUUAGUAAAAAAGUUUGUUCGUUAAGGGCUUCUGUAGAAACAUGGCGGCACAAAAUGGCGGCUUCCAUGUAAGGGGACCCUCUGUGUAUGUAGAUAAAAACGUCUCAUUCUAAGGUAAUAAAAACAUAACGGUUCAUUUUAAAAGGUCUUUAUACACCACUGAUAAUAUAGUUUUGUAUAUUAUUUGCAUUUCUUUCAAGAGAUCCUUCUAAAAAUUACACACUGCACCUUUAAUACUAAAUCCACAAUAAUAAAAUAUAGGAAUGGCCUGAUCAUACACUUUUAUGAUUCUUCCUUGACUUUAAUGAGUGAAUGAUGUGUUAAAAGGUAGCACUCGAUCUAGAUAUCUGGGAAUGUUUACUCUCUCAACCGAUGCUGUAAUUCAAAAAUCACCCUCAGCCCCAAUCAUUUGUAAUCCAAUCCAUUUGUGCCAUAGUAGUUGCCACUUUGGCAAACCCAUCCACCUGUGAGCACUGUGUGUGUGCAUGUGAGUGUGUGUGUGUGUGUGUGUGCGUGUGUGUGUGUAACUCAGCGAGCGUGGAAGUGUUUUUAAAUUUGUUACUCGACUAACAUGAAAUUUGUUUACUAAAGAUAUCCAAAUAUUAUAUUGUAUGCUCUUCGUAUCUAAAUAUUAUGUGCACUAUGUUUGCAUGUACAGUUUUACAAGAGAUUCACUAGUACUUUUGUUAUUGUUAUGAGUGUUUCGGGUACAAAAAAAUAUGAUAACAGGAAAAUAACUGUACAAAUGGCCUUAAUCUUUCACUGAAUUCUUGGAAUUGUGCGAUGCCUUCAGAUAUGAAUCGAUAUAUAUUUUGUGUCUGUGUAUAAUUGCUUUCUAGUGUAUAUUUUCUUUGCUCAUGUAAAAAAAAUCUAUUGUAAUUUUUGGAAUCAGUGAUUAAUCAGAGAAAGCAUGACUGGAGUUCUGAUUGUUUAGUAAAUAGAUAUGAUGAAAUUAUUAUUUCUGUAUCAAGUACUAAUUUUGGAAUAAAUAUUCUUAAUAUACACAUUG